AAUGCACAGCUGACUGUCAUUAUUUGUUUGUGUCCUAAAACGUUUAACAUUUCAAGAAAAAUUCCAGAAAUUUUGUAAUUUUAUUAAUAAUAUACCGCAAAAAUGAUAGAAAUUACUUGCAACGAUCGUUUGGGUAAAAAGGUACGCGUGAAAUGUAAUCCGGAUGAUACCAUUGGUGAUCUCAAGAAAUUGAUUGCUGCUCAAACGGGAACAAAAUAUGAUAAAAUCGUUUUAAAGAAAUGGUAUACCAUCUAUAAGGAUAAUAUUAAGCUAUCGGACUAUGAAAUUCAUGACGGCAUGAAUUUGGAAUUAUACUAUCAAUAAAUAUACAAUAAGUUCAAAUUAAUUUAAAACUUUUUUUACCACUUUUAAUAGACCUGAAACUUAAAAUAAUAAAAAAAACUUGUAUUUAAUUAUUUAAAACAAAUAUUUCUGUUAAAAACUCUUAAAAUUAUUAACUGAUCUCUAAAACUAUGAUAUUUCCCGUAAAUCUGCGAAUCGGCGGUAGAUUUUCUAAAAAUAAAGAAAACAGAUACAUAUGGGUGUGCGCCCAGUACAAAAGUGACACAACUCAAUUUUUUUUAAGAAAAGGAAACACAUUUUUUACAAAUUCUGAAACAUAAAGAAGGACAACGUUUUCUCUUCAACAGUUAACAACAACAAAAUACACUAAUAUUUUUUUAGAGAUAAAUAAGCAUCAUGUGUAUAGUAUAAGGCUUAAACUUAAAGCUUAAAGAAUAUGAAAACGCAAAAAUAAAAUUUUGAGUUAUGUUACUUUUGUACUGGGCGUGCGAUAUGUAUGCAAUAUGCAUAUCAA